ACCAAGCGCGCACAUUAGCAGUCACCAAAAAGAAAAGGAAAAAAGAAAAAAAAAUCCAGAGUAUAUAUAACCCGAACGUUAAAACGCCCUCUCUCGGAGUCUCUCAAUUCGCUCUCAUCGUAUAUAAACUUACGUUUCCCGGCGAGUUGCGAGAGAAAACCAAAACAGUAACAACAAACCCAAUAGAAAAAUUCUCCCUUUUUCCCAGAAAAUCCCGAGAUUUUCCGAGAAAAUCAGAGGAGGCGCGAGAAACAGAGAAGGAGAGCUGUGAUCUGAGAGUGGCUCUCUUUGGUCUGAGUUUCCGAUAAAUGGUGUAUAUAGGCGGGUCGGAGGAGGAAGAGAGAGUGGCGGCGAAGUCCAUGGCGAUGGGUUCCGAGAGGACGAAGGCUCUGCACAAUUUCAACUUGCCGUGGGAUUUGAAGUGGGGGAACCAGAGGCACCUGCGGUGCCAGAAGGAGAGCUCCGAGGCCGGCGGGAGUGGUGGGGAAGGGUCGGAGGCUAAUCGGCGAUCGUCGGCUCAGAGGAUGGAGAGCUCUCCGGCGGUGACUCGGCGGAGGGAUUUGGAGUUCGAGAAGCGGAAGUUUCGGGCCCCGAGGCCGAGGAUCGAAAACGACGACGCGGAGGAAGGGAUCGAUGCGUUUAGGCAGAAGCUCAUGUUUGAUCUCAAGACGGCGGCGGAUAAGAUGAAAGACGCGAUUUUGAGGGAGGAGGAGGUGGCAGUGGCGGGGGCGGCUGCUUAUACUGACGUGGCGGCGGCAGAGGAGGAUGUUGAGAUGGCGGAGGUUGGCGAAUCGGAACCUCCGGUGGCGCCGGAGCCAGAGCCGCCGGAGGCGAGGCCGUGGAAUCUGAGGACGAGGAGGGCGGCUUGCAAGGCUCCAAUGGGCGGCGGCGGCGCUAAGGUGGUGAGAAUCGAGGAAAAGAAGGCGAAUUACUCGCCGUUGAGGAGUGAGGGUAACAAUGGCGUGAAGUCGCCGAGGCUGGUGAGAGGGGCUUCGGUUUCGGGUCCAGAGAAGAAUAAGGAGGAGGAGAGGCCCAAAUUCUCGUUGACGCUCACCAAGAAGGAGAUCGAGGAAGAUUUCAUGAAGAUGCUCGGCCACCGCCCUCUCCGACGCCCAAAGAGGCGGCCAAGAAAUGUUCAGAAGCAAUUGGAUGGUUUGUUUCCCGGUACGUGGUUGACGGAGGUCUCGGCGGAGACGUACAAGGUUCCUGAGUUCCCUGAAAAUACAAAGAGGUAGCGAUCCGGGCAAACGCGGGCUUAUGUGGAAAGUUUCAAGGCUCUUGUUUAUUUCUGACUGCUGCUGCUGCUGCUUGCAAAGAGGGUAUGCCCAUACACACAUACACAUUGGAGUUUUGAUGAAACGUAUCAAAUCCCCUGUUACUGCUGAACGUUCAGUUGCUUUGGAACACUAAUUUUGUUUGUUAAUUAUAAUUCAUCUUCCUUUCUUUUUCUGAAUAAAAUGUAAAUAAGGGAAAUCUGGCCGGAUUCUAUUAUAUCGAAAAUAACAUUUGUGGUCUGAGCUAGGUUUUUCCUUUUCGGUGACUGUCUAGUAUAAUAUCAGUUGCAUUUGAUCUCA